AUUCUGUAAAGAAGAUGACUUGCCGGAUAUUAUAUGUACGCAAGAUAAAUAUUCUAUAAACAACAACAUCAUUUCCGAUAUAUUUAUAUGUGAUCGAUGUAUUGAUUAGGUUACAUUCGUGUUUUUUUAAUCCGUUUGUUACAAUCUACAUAAUUUAAUAAUAAUCUUCCUUGGUGAAUAUUGGAAGUGGCUUCUAGUACGACUAUAUCUUCAUAUCAAAUAUGGCACAGAAUGUAACGUUAGACCCUGUGACAUCCAGAUUUGGCAAUGGUAGUUCUGCUGCCUCUAAUCUUAUUUCUACCAAACUGAUUGACUCUGUUACAAGUUCAUCACAUGCUUUUGAGGAUGUUACAAAAUUCAUAACGACUUCAAAAUCAGAUUUUGAAACGACCGAAGUGGUUGGCAUAUCUAGCAAUACUUCUUUGUCUGUUAUAGAGGACACCGAAAUCGGCUCACUAAUAGAUUACAAUGCAAUAUUAGAAAGGGAAAAUCACAAGGAAGCAACGGCCUUGAUACCUGUGACGGUAUACUUGAUUAUUCUAAUGAUUAUUGGAAUCUUUGGGAAUCUCCUUGUUCUUUACGUGUACAAGUUCCGUUUCAAACGUAGUACCUCUAGAGUUUUCAUUUUAAGUCUUGCAGUAUUUGACCUCCUGACCUGUUUGCUGGGGAUGCCAUUCCACAUCAUGGACAUGAUAUAUCCAUUAAUGUUUGUGUGGGACGGUGCGUGUAAAUGUCUAGGAUUUGCUUUAUCUUUCACCAUCUUGGCAUCCAUAUUUGUUCUCGACUUGAUAGCCAUUGAUCGUUAUCGGAAGAUAUGUAUUCCGUUUCAAAAACAAUUGUCUGCCAAAGGGACAAAAAUCACGUGUUGGGUAGUGUCUUUGGUAUGUCUUUUGUUAGCCACACCGAUGCUGUUUAUUUACGGAUCUGUCGAAACUGAUACUAAACAUCCAAAUGUGACAGGGAAGGAAUGUUAUAUCUCUGCUGAUAUGUGGGAUUCGGACUUUCCAUUGAUUUACAAUGCUAUUAACAUUUUGAUUUUCCUGGUUUCAGUUUUUAUUCUCACGGGACUGUAUAUUAAGGUAGGCAUCGUUGUGUGGCAGAGAAAAAGUUUUCACGAUUCACACUCAAGUAGAAAUGGAUCUAAGCGUUCAGCUUCCGGAACUAGUACUCCGGACACAACCGUCAUUCAAAUGCACUCGAUAGUAGACGAUUCAAAACAAUCAGUUAAAUUCGAUAAAGGAGGACAAGAAAGCACAAUUCAAAUGUUUAGUUCUAAACCCGCAAUAUUUAAAACCGACUCGGUAAGUUCAGCCUACAAUUCACCAAGGACCAAACGAAAGGAAGAAAGCUUGCACAGGAAGAAGCUAAAACGUCUGAUGUCAGAACUAUCAAGCACGAGCGGAGACGAGGGUCCGUGUGAACGAGGAAACAGCAAAUUUGCUACUAAAAAGCAGAUGAGAACGGUCCGAAUAACAACCAUGCUUUUCCUCAUAACUUUGAUAUUCAUAAUCAGCUUUUUGCCAUAUUUAAUAAUCGAGGUGUUAAAUAGUCUAAAUGACGAAUUUUGGAAUGAAAUGAGCAUGAGUGAACUGGUAAUUUUCAAUCUUUUACUGCGAUCAUAUUUUAUCAACAACAUGAUUAACCCUAUUAUUUACUGGUUUCUGGACAAAAAAUUCAAACAAGAAGUACGGAAGUUUUUCCGGGAUAUUAGGAAAUGUAAAUGGUCCAGAACAUUUCGAUUGGACGCAAAAUCGUUUACAUCUUAAAUUGAGUUGAGAAAAACGCACAUGACUUACAUACAAUUUUAAAACCCUAUACUCACUUUAAUACCAUUUAUUUGUCAUGUAUGCUUUAUUAUCUUAUUCCUUGUACAUUUUUAUGAUAAGGAUGAUCUAAAUGGAGGAAAGGAUGUUCAUUUCUGUAUUGUUACUUUUCACCAAUUAUUCUUCAUUUUUCCUGGACGCUAAACAACAACACUUUCACUUCUAUAUACAUGUGUAUAUCAAAACCAAUUAACCUCUUUUCUUUCUCUCUUGACCCACUUUUUCCUUUUUUAUUUUUUGAGCGUUACUAUCUUUUUUGUACACCCCACCAGACCUCCAUACAUUGGCUUUAUGUAGGACAUUUGUUUAUUUACAGAUAUAUUGUAUGGAAGCUCGUUUGUUUUUCAACCGCUGAGUAACUUUCUUGAGUUAUGUAGCCUAAUAGUAUGCAUACUGUUUUUUGUAAUCGCUAUAGCUAUCUAAUAUAAUUAAAUCUUUAUAAAAUUUAA